AUGGGCCUGUCCAACGCACCGGAGCACGCGCGGGGUCUGUCCAGCGUUCUAGGAAAACACACAGCGCCGUCCAUGCACGAGGGUCCACGGGGCCGUCGUCUGUGGUUGGGCGGACCAGCGUCCUCGACCCAGCUCUCUGGGAGGAUGGUGUGUUACGGGAGCUGCCAGCGGGAGCACCAGCCAGCGACUCCCGUCAAUCCGCACCCAGCCCGUCGGGUCCAGCAGCGGCCGGUCGGGCUUUGGGGCGAGACUGAUGGACAUUACUGGAGACGGCACGCCGUUUCUGCGCGCACAGCAUGCAGUAGCGCUGCAGCACGUCCUGCGUCUGUCGGCGCAAGGCGCAUGUGCUGGGGCGUGCGAAUCGUCCGCUCCUCCCUUGCUGCGGCCAUUUCUGCCGCUGGUCUGUGCUGGCAGCGUGGACAAGCACAAUAUCGCCAACUGGGCGCUGCGAGUGCUCCCCAUCCCGACUACCAGCCACACGAAGGAGACGUUAGGCGAGACUACGGUACAGAGCCCAGCACGCUUCUAGAAUGGCCAAAUGCCGCCUCACAGCGUCCUCCAGGCUCGCUGAUGCUGCACAUCACAGAGACCGCCCAGCAUCGAAAAGGGAAGCUGGCCCGACAGACUGGCAUCAAGCCCCCGCACGAGUCGCCGAAAUUCCUGGCACUGUGGCGGCGCGCUACCCAUUAUCUGAUGUGUCAACUCUCCCUCGGCUUAGCCCAAGAGCUCGCCCGCUAA